GCAAAAAAUUGAUGACAAAACAUUUCGCCGUAUUAGUCGUUUUAUCAACAUCCAUAAUCGUCGUGGAGAUAAUAAGGAAAUGUGCGAAAAGGCUUUUCAUAUUAUCCCAGCACAGGAAGAACGAAUAGAAUUUCUGGCAGAUCAUGCCCCAGAAGAGCUCUUGAAAAGCUAUGUGAAAACAAAACAGUUUCAUAAUGCUGGUGAAUUCUUACAUUCGCGCGGAAAUUUUGAAGAAGCUGCCCUUAUGUUUAGUCACUCUGCUAAUAUCAAGGAUAUUAUUGAGUCAUUAAA